AUGAACGCGGGCAAGCUGCUCUGGGAGCCCAUGCAUCGCGGGUAUGGCGCAGUGGUCGCGCUUGGCGACUUCCGCGGCGACAUGGCGACCGAGCUGUCGGACGUCGUGCUGGAGGAAGUCAGUGGGCUCAAGGAGGCCGUCGUCCUCACCGUCGGCAACUACACCUGCCAGGUGGCGGCCGCAGACGACCGGAGCUGGUUGGGGGUGCAGGGCCGCGCUCCCUGGACCGCCCCCAGCGUGUCGUGCCUCACGCAGGCUUUCGAGGCCUCGAGCCUGGUCAAGACCACCACUUCGGGCGCCACGACGCUGUCGGUAACAACGACGGCUCCGGGCACUUGCGCUCUCGAAUCGGAGGUGCCUUGCUGCCCGGACGGAAGCUGCACGGACCAGUGCCGAGGCUCCGAGUGCUGUCCGACACCAGGAGGGACGAGGACCUGCCCCUCGGCAUCCACGGUGAAGGCGUCCACCUGCGACUUGGGCAAGCGGUACGAUUGCACCGGGAAGACGGGCGUGGCUGGGGCCUGCGAGUUUCCGAACCCGCCCGCGAUCGGGUAUUACUGGGAGCCGCUGUGCCAUUUCGGCAAGCUCGGCUGUUUCGCUGAUGGCAAAAACGUGGAGUGCCGAUUCUGCGGAUCUGGAUCGUUCGAGGAGAUCCCAUGCUUGACCACGACGACCACCUCGACAACGCCCGCAACGACCACCACGACGACGACUGAAGGUGCCUGUGCGGCCCUGGGCGACGUUCUCCAGACUUGCUCCGACGAUGGCUGCACCGUGCUGGCCUCGGGGAUGCUGGGCAGGACCUGCGAGCAGUACUGCAACAGUCACCAACUGCUCUGCGUCGCAGCGUGGGAGGACUUAAGCGACGGCUGCGAAGUCCUGACUCCGCUACGAUGCAACCAGGAAUAUCAGGGCACGCCGGACCUCAUCUGCCAGUGUGCCCCGAAGCCACCUCCGAGCCCCAUCUGGAUCCAGUAUGCGGACGGCCAGUGCCUCAUGGCCAAGGAGUACAACCGCUCCGGCGCGGCGGUGAACCUUCACGCUUGCUUCCUGCCGGCGGUGCCUGCCGAGCAGUGGCUUCACCAUCCAUCCACAGGCCAGCUGACAAAUGCGGAGGAGAGCUUGCGAUGCCUACACGCUGCCGAGAAGACGACUCCAGGCACGCUCCUCGUUAUGUGGCCUUGCUCCGAUGAAGAGCCAGCGCAGAACUUCACGCUGGACGCCGUCACUGGCGAGAUACGAACUGCAGGCGGCCUAUGCCUGGAGGUGCGUCCUCGGCCGGAGGUGGAGUGGAACGAGGUGGUCACAGCCGUCUGCACCACCGAGACAAACCAGAUGUGGCACUGGGGUGAGACACAGCUGGCCACCACGACCACCACUACCGGCACGACCGGCUGGACGGAGACGACCUGGGGCCGGCCCAGCCCCAGCCAAUCGGGGCUGCUGGAGCGCCGGAGCGGUGGCUGUGCGGCCCGCAGCGGCGAGAGAUUGGUUGCCACCGACUGCGAUGCAACCAGCUUGGCGCAGUAUUUUGCCUACAACCAGACGGGUCUGCGGCUGUCUGUGGGAGAUGGGGCAUGCGUCCAGAGCGAAGGAGGAGCUGCCGGGACAGCUCUGUCGGUGCAGCCCUGCGAGCCCGCCAGCGAAGUGCAGGACUUCGCCUACGACCAGACGGCCGGUCUUGUGUGGAACCCGUGGGGCCGCUGUGUGGAGGCGGCGGGCACAGGCUCGGAGCUUUCCCUGGCAGCCUGUGAUCCGCAGAACCUCAACCAGCAGUGGCUCUUCAAUGGGAUCGCCACCACAACGCAGACACCUGUCUCGGUGGGAUUCCACAUCAGGCUACAGUCCGGCAUCUGCCUCGCGGCCAAGGAUGGGCAGUCAAGGAGCUGCCUUGAGAUGCGUUCAUGCACCGUCGGCGACGACCUCCAGACGUGGUUCUACGACGAGACCCUGGAGCAGUUCAGGAACGGCCUUGGCAAGUGCCUCAUGGCUCCGCACGCGGGCGGCAUCCGCCAAGCCAAGCUCUCCUUCACGCCUGUUCGCGGCGGUGAGAACAUCGCCUGCCGAGGCACCGACUGGCGUGACAAUGCCCGGGACAACUACAUCCCGUUUCUGGGUGUGGAUGCCUUGGAGACCUGCCAGGGCUACUGCAGCGAGAGGGCCUCCUGCAUGGGCAUCGAGUUCAAUCCCAAGAUGAGGCGCUGCGAGGUUUGGACCAAAGCUGUACAGACCGGCGUGAUUGCUUCCAACUUCACCUGCUACACGGCCUCGCUGGAAGACCCCACGCUGGCGAUCUUCGAGCCGGUAGAUGGCGGCUCCGACCGGGUCUGUCGCGGGGAGUCUCCAGGCGACAACCAGGCAUCCUAUUUCAAGGUGACUGUCGCGGAGUCGAAGGAGGACUGCCAACGGCAGUGCUCCAUGGCCACCGGCUACUGCACAGGUUUCGAGUACCACAAGUUCGGGCGCUGCGAACUUUGGCUUAAACCUGUGGGCGCCAGCGUUUCGGCAAAGGGGUACCACUGCCGAGCUCUCGCUACGGUGGUGAUGGAAGACUGCAACACGAGCGACUUUCGCCAGCUGUGGCUUUUUGACCAGUCAAACGGCGUCAUAUCGUCCAAAGAGGACGGUGCUUGUCUCGGUGCUGUGGGCACCGGCAAAACCGAGGGGGGGCGCCUGCGCUUGCUAACGUGCAACGCUGCGAGCAGCAGCCAGGCCUGGGCGGCAGUGUCUCCACAGGUGGAGGGCGCCCUAGCCCAGCGCAGGUCGGAGUUGAGGCCCGCCCAAAGCGGUGUGGCCGAGGAGGCGCCCGCGAUCCACGGAGUCGCGCACCUCCACACGGAGCCCCCUCAAACGCAGCAGGGGGCUGCGCCGCAUCCCCACACCACGUGGACGUCGUGA